UUGAAGUGAAGGGUGGCAAGUUUAAAAUGCCAAAAUUUGAUGUGUCUCUACCAAAAGUUAGUCUGCCAGAAGGUGAUGUCACCAUAAAAGCCCCAGACAUGAAGGGAGGGAAGAUUGAGAUGCCAGACAUUGAUAUUUCACUCCCCAAAGGAAAAGCAGAAGGAGAAAUUGAUAUUGGAGGACAUGCUGGUAAAGGAGGCAAAUUCCAUAUGCCCUCUAUUGAUAUCUCACUUCCUAAAAUGAAAGCUAAGGGACCAGAGGUCAACAUAGAAGGUCCUGAAUUAAAAGGUGGGAAAAUACACAUGCCAGACAUUGACCUUUCACUUCCAAAAGGGAUAGUGGACAUUUCACUGCCAAAAGAAAGUGUCAAACUGGAAGGACCUGAGGUGAUAGGAGGAAAGAUGCCAGCAAUGCCAGCUGUUGACAUAUCCGUUCCAGUGGGAAACAUGGAAGGAGAUAUCAAUAUUCAAGGACCAUCAGGAGAUAUGGAGAUACCAGCCAAGUUGAAAGUUAAGGGUGCAGACAUUCAGACAGGUGGUGUUGAAGGUCCAGGCGCAUCACUUAAACUUCCCUCAGUCAAAUUGCCAAUAGUUGACAUCACAGCUCCAAAGGUGGAUUUAGACUUUGGUCUUAAAAAACCAAAAGGGGACGAUGUGGAAGUGGAGCUUCUUAAAGCAGAGGGAGGAAGGCCUUCUUCUGGGGGCAGCUUUGAUCUACCUGAUGUCUCCCUCAAAGUCCCCAGUUUUUCUUUCCCCAAGUUUGGUACAAAGUCCAAGAGUGGUGAAUUAGAGAUAUCAGGCAAAGGCCCUAAGGCAGAUGUUUCCCACGGCCCACCACAUGUGGGAGGAGAGAUAAGAGCACCAUCAGUAGAGUUCGAUGGGGAUGGAAAAGUCAAGGUGAAAAAAAAUAAAAUCAAAAUCCCCUUAUUUGGAAUAACCAAAAAAGAUACAGAUGUUUCUGUGUCUUGUCCUGAUGUGGAUGUUAAAGGGAAAAAAGGGAAAAUUCAUAUUCCACAACCAGAAAUCAAAUUUGAGAGCCCAGAUGUUAAAUCAAAAUACAAAGUAAAAUUCCCAAAGUUUAAAAUGUCGCCACCAAAGGGUCAACUGCCAGAAGAAGAAGUUGAUGCAAAACUGGAGACAGAUGUUGAAGGAAAAGGUGGCUUCCAUGCACCUGAUGUUACUAUCAAAUUACCCAAAUUCUCCAUGCCAGGAUUUGGCUCCAGAGAAAAAGAUUUGGGGAAGCUUCAAGGUGACCUUGGAGCCAAGGUCAAGAUGCCCUCCAUUGAGCUGUCACUACCAGCAGCUAAAACUCCAGAGAAUGAGGUUCUUCUCCCCAAAGCAGAAGUUGAUGUUACAGAGGCUGAUAUCAAAGGUUAUGAGGGAAACCUUAAAAUUCCCAAAAUGCCAAUUAUUGAUGUUUCCAUUCCCAAAAUAGAUCUGGAUGUAUCCCUGCCAAAAGGAAAGACCCAAAAGAUCCAAGGACCAGAAGUGGAAUUAAAAGCGGGUGAAGGAAAGUUCAAAAUGCCUCACAUAACAAUGCCAGACGUUGACCUUUCACUUCCCAAAGGAAAGAUUGAAGGUCCAGAAGUAGAAAUGAAGGGAGGUACAGGAGGAAAGUUCAAAAUGCCUCAUAUUAAAAUGCCAAAUGUUGACCUCUCUUUGCCCAAAGGAAAGAUUGAAGGUCCAGAAGUCGAAAUGGAGGGAGGUACAGGAGGAAAGUUCAAAAUGCCCCACCUCAGCAUGCCCUCUGUUGAUAUUUCACUUCCCAAA